GUGCUACGUCUCAGCUAUAUAGUGAGUGAGCUGUAAAAGACAGCUUGGAAUUCAAUUGGGCUGCCGUGUUUUAACCUGCUGUUGAACAAGCAUAACAUCACAAGGCUUUCCAAAAAUGCCAGGAUCAGUCCCUGCUAGUGGAGAAGCCUGUUGGCCAAAAGAUGUUGGGAUUAUUUCCAUGGAGGUCUAUUUUCCUUCCCAGUAUGUAGAUCAGGCAGAGCUUGAACAGUUUGACCAUGUGGAUGCUGGGAAGUACACCAUUGGCCUUGGCCAAGCUAAGAUGGGUUUUUGCUCAGACUGUGAAGACAUUAACUCUUUGUGCCUAACUGUGGUACAGAGACUGAUGGAGAGGAACUGUCUCUCAUAUGAUUGUAUAGGGAGGCUGGAAGUCGGCACUGAAACUAUCAUUGAUAAGUCAAAAUCCGUAAAGACUGUGCUUAUGCAGCUAUUUGAAGAGUCUGGAAACACUGAUGUUGAAGGGAUUGACACAACUAAUGCCUGCUAUGGAGGAACCGCAGCUCUUUUUAAUGCAGUUAACUGGGUAGAAUCCAGCUCAUGGGAUGGGCGUUAUGCUUUGGUUGUUGCUGGAGACAUUGCUGUCUAUGCUACUGGAAAUGCUCGGCCAACAGGUGGUGCUGGUGCUGUAGCAAUGCUUAUUGGCCCAAAUGCUCCCCUUGCUUUCGAAAGAGGUCUGCGUGGUACACACAUGCAGCAUGCUUAUGAUUUCUAUAAACCUGAUAUGGCGUCAGAAUAUCCUGUGGUUGAUGGAAAAUUAUCCAUCCAGUGUUACCUCAGUGCAUUAGAUCAGUGCUACACAGUUUUCCGAAACAAAAUUCAUGCACAAUGGCAGAAAGAAGGCAGUGAUAGACAUUUUACUCUGAAGGAUUUUGACUUUAUGGUUUUUCAUUCUCCAUACUGUAAACUGGUACAGAAAUCAUUAGCGAGGCUAAUGCUGAAUGACUUUAUUAGCAAUUUGAAUAUGAAUAUGGAAGAUGGUACUUUCAAUGGCCUUGAGGCAUUCAGGGAUGUAAAGCUCAAAGACACUUACUUUGAUCGUGACGUAGAAAGAGCAUUCAUGAAAGCUAGUGCUGAGUUUUUUGAGCAGAAAACUAGAUCCUCCCUCCUUCUCUCCAACCAGAAUGGCAAUAUGUACACACCUUCUGUGUAUGGCUGCCUUGCAUCUGUUUUUGCACAGUACACACCCCAGCAACUUGCUGGGAAAAGGAUUGGAGUUUUUUCCUAUGGUUCAGGUUUUGCAGCAACACUGUACUCCAUUCGAGUAACUCAAGACGCAACCCCUGAUUCAUCAUUGGAUAAACUUACAGCCAGUCUUUUUGACUUGAAAUCACGACUAGAUUCUAGAAGAAAAGUUUCCCCAGAAAAGUUUGCUGAAAUUAUGUCACUUCGGCAAAAAACUCACCAUCUUGCUGAUUAUACCCCACAGAGCUCAGCAGAUGACCUCUUCCCAGGGACUUGGUACCUAACCCGAGUUGAUGACAAGCACCGCAGGCACUAUGCAAGACAGCCACUGAAUGAGGAUGGUCCUUUGGAAGCAGGAAUUAUUCAUUCCAACACAGCACAGGAGCACAUACCUAGCCCUGCAAAGAAAAUGCCGAGGAUUCCUGCAGUUGCCAAAGGAGCAGAAGCAGUUUCUGUUACAAAUGGUGACCACUAAAUUACCUCUGUGAGGUACAGGACUUUUAGGUAUUUAAAGGAUGAAACAAAAUUAAAUGUGAGCUGGCUUAAGAAAGUACAUAAUAUUGUACACAAGUGAGAAUGUAAUGUUUCAUUUACCACACUGCAGGAUUCAGUGCUGUCUGUACCAUGCAAUAAUGGUCAUGGUACGUAUAAUAACACUAUGACUACUUGUUUAGAGCAUGACUAGCCAUUGAUCACAACUAACUGAGCACUUCUGUGCACAAUCUACAUAACUGUAUUACACACUGUUGGGAGUUUAAUGGAAAGCAAGUUUAUGAAAGUGUUUUAAACUUAUUUUAUCCUGGGGGGUGAGAAAAAAAAUGAGAAAUGGAGAAUUCUGUGGCCUUCAUUAGGAUUCUCAUGUCCGUAGUAAUCAUUGCUAAUAUUGUAUAAAACUGAAAAAGUAUAGUAAGCUACAUUCAAGUAGUGUUACAAUAAAAACAUAAAAAUCACUCACUUUUGUAAUGGUAAUUUACACGUAACAGGUUAUUUAUGAUUUUUUUUAUAUAUUCACUAUGCACAAGUUGCCAAUUUAACAGAAAUAAGCUCCAGUGGUUUUUGAAAAAGAACCCUGCUUGGAAAACAUCAGCGCAUUAGACUUUAACUGUCUAAAUGUGCCCCUUUUCAUUCAAAUUUACCAGUUACAGU